AUGCUCUGUGACAAGUGCAAGCAUAUCAAGCUACCCCAUUCUCAUGAACCGUCGUAUCUACAUCUCUGUCUUGUUCGACACCACGCUACUUUCGACGAUCUCAUAGCAUCAGCCGAGAAAGGUUGCGAAAUCUGUCUCUACUUUCGGCCCUUUAUCGAGUACUCGAGGUCUCGACGCCAAGGGCUGGCCGAGCGGUCCCAAUCUGACUGCUCGUCCAGCGAUGCCAUCGGGCGCCCACCAGACGACCCGUUCGAGUCGGUCCAUUAUGGACCAACAGAUAACCUAGUCGACGGUUUCAGAACUGAAUACGGCGGAUCCGAACCUCUUAAAUUCAGUGUCGGUUGCGGCGGGUUCUAUGAAUAUGACUUUAGGAAGGAUAAAUACGGAUAUUUCGAAGACUCUGAUGAGUGGAACGCUCGCCGUAUCGAGGAGCAGGAAGCCCAAAUCACUGCUGACGACGCCGAAUACGAGGCAGAACUGAGCUACCGAUUAGAUAGAUUGGGACUCGGUCUCGAUUCAGAGAACAAGGAUUCGGAGUCCGAUGAAAACGGACGCGACUCAAUUGAUCCUGAACUCCAGCAUGCAGAGAAAAUACAUGCAACUCGAACGCAACAGUAUGAGGAGAUUCAAUGGAUGUUGACGACAAAGGGCUGCUGCGACGGUCCUGAGCAGCUCUGGGUCACACUAUCGAAUCAGUCGGGUUCCAGUGAACUAGAUACAUCUGCCAAGGACGAUUUCUGCACAGCAACGCUUACAGCCGGAUCUAUUGAUGCUUAUUCUUUAGAGGAAGGUGUUGAAAUCUGCUUGAAUGGAGUUCGCGGUUAUACCAGAUACACAUUCGCCUCCAUGCAUCCGGAAAUCUGGCAAUAUAAUCCGGACUUCUUAUCGAUUCCUCAAAAACGCCCCAAGAAAAGCCUCCGUCCUGUUCUGGAGUUUUACCAGCACCGGCGUAACACAUUCAGAACCAAUCCAGCUAUCUAUUCACGAGAAGUUGUACGAGACCCGACGGCAUUCUCAGUCCUCGAGUUGGCACGAUCGUGGUUGAACAAAUGUGUGAAAAGCCAUGAUCUAUGCGAGAUGAGCGGCAACAUUCUAACACCGAGUCGGCUUAUCGACGUUGGCGACGGCCGACGUGAGCCUGUAAGGUUGCACAUUGUUGGCCCCGAGGAGAAAGCAUUGCCUUACGCUACACUCUCCCAUUGUUGGGGCUCAACUACUAGUGCAAUAACCAAGUUGCUCCAGGAAAAUCUAGCGAGCAUGGUGCAAGAGAUCAACAUGGAAAUGCUCGCGAAAAACUUCCAAGACGCAUUGGUUAUCGCUCGGAGACUCCACCUGCGAUAUUUGUGGAUUGACUCUCUCUGUAUUAUCCAAAACUCGCCAGAAGACUGGGAAGCCGAAGCCGCAAAGAUGGGGCAAUAUUAUCACGGUUCUGAGGUCACAAUCUGCGCGGUGGCUGCUUCGCAUUGCCAACAUGGGAUUCUACGCCCACGGGCCGAAACUCAGAAGCAUCCCAGAGUCGACACGGAUGCGGGGACAUUCUAUCUGCGGCCCCUCCUCCCAGACAGCGUUACAGUCACCGAUGCGUUUUCCAUGUCGGAUAUUCGGAAACCCAUCCUCACGCAGCCCUGGAACGGGCGCGCUUGGACACUUCAGGAGAGAUUGUUUUCCAGACGCGUCCUGUAUUUCACGGAAGAGCAAAUGAUAUGGCAAUGCCGGAGCCGUUUCUUUGCCGAGGAUGGUCAGUAUAGCCACCUGAGAGAGCCGGGCGGCACAAACAUAGUAACAAGAAAUAUUGUCGAUGUCUUGGAUUAUCGACGAAGAUUCAUCGGAAAAGAAAAGAAGCCAGCUCCACCAUCGAUCCGAUCAACACAGUGGUACACGCUGGUGCAGAAAUAUACUCGGCGGCAUUUGACAUUUCCAAGGGAUAAGCUGCCCGCUCUGUCGGGUCUGGCCCGUGAAGUCCAUGAUCUCACCAAAGCUCGGUACGUCGCGGGACUGUGGGUUGGAAAUUCGAACUCCAUCGUCACCGGAUUGAUGUGGAGCCCAGUCAGGGACAGUUACGAUGGCACUCAGCCGCCCAGGCCGUCCCUUGCCAACAAUGGGUCUCCGAGCUGGAGCUGGACGUCACUGGUGGCCGAGAUCGAGCAUGGCCUGGCGGAAGAAGAUGUAAUCAUCGUGCGGCAGCCUAGUCUAGACCCUGAGUUUGUAGCCGUGCAGACGACGCCGGCCUCCUCGGACCCUUUCGGAACCGUCAAGGGGGGAGAGUUCGUCCUCAGGUGCUGGCUCCACGAGUACGCUGGCGUGAGGACAUACCACGAAUUGCGUAAGACAGGAAAAGUCUACGAUUGGGCUGAUACCUACGGCAAUGUGACGAGCUCUGAUCCCGACUCGCCGCGUGCCGACCCCUUUGCUGUCUUCGACAUGACCCAGCCCGAUGAUCUCUGGAAAAAUGAGGGCCCAGCUCUUGAGGAAGACGACCAGAUCGCCUGUACUCUGCCGCAGAGACGACGGGGUUUCAAUCUCGCGUUUAUUGCUUACACGAAUCCGUUUGAAGAAGGAGAACAUGCCGACAAGGAGCAUGCCGAGCAGCAUUUUCUGCUGCUUGGGAGCGUUUCGAAUGGCCAAGAACACGUUUACAAGCGAGUCGGAAUUGCUGUUACGGAGGCGGGAACACUCUUUGCUAUCAAUUCGGAAAAUAGGUGGAAGAGGCAGAGAAUAACAAUUGUUUAG